UGAAGAUUUGGCAUCAGUCAGCCAGCCAGUCAGCCAUUAGCCGAAUAGAAAUUGCAAUUAGAAUGUUUGCCACGCCCCUCAGACAGCCGAGCAGUGCCAGCGGUGGUGGGCCAGCAGUGUCAAUGGAUGGCCAGGAGACGCCGUUUCAGUACGAGAUCACCGAUCAUGGGUACGGCAAGGAUGCGGUGAAGGUGCUGCAUGUCAGCCGCAAGGGACCCGUGCACACCAUCCAGGAGUUCGAGGUGGGCACACACCUGAAGCUGUACAGCAAGAAGGACUACUAUCAGGGCAACAACUCGGACAUUGUGGCCACCGACUCGCAGAAGAACACCGUCUAUCUGCUGGCCAAGAAGUACGGCAUCGAGAGUCCCGAGAAGUUUGCUCUGCUGCUGGGCCAGCACUUUCUCAACAAGUAUUCGCAUGUGGAGGAGGCGCACAUCCAUGUGGAGACGUAUCCCUGGCAGCGUGUCUGCCAGGAGGAGACAAAGGCCGUCACCAGUCAGAGUCAGGUGGGUCAGGUGGGUCAGGGCGGCUGCAACAAUUUCAGUUCCAUUGACAAUCGUUCGCUGCAUAACCAUGCCUUCAUUUUUACGCCCACGGCGCUGCACUACUGCGAUGUGGUCAUACGGCGGAAAGAUCCCAAACAAACUGUCAUCAGUGGCAUCAAAGGGCUGCGCGUCCUGAAGACCACCCAAUCCUCGUUCGUGAACUUUGUGAACGAUGAGUUUCGCUCGCUGCCGGAUCAAUAUGAUCGCAUCUUCAGCACUGUGGUGGAGUGCUCCUGGGAGUACUCGGACACACAGACGGUUAACUUUUCGCGCGCCUGGCAGGUGGUGAAGAACAUCAUCUUGAGGAACUUUGCCGGCGAUCCACAGGUGGGCGUUUCAUCGCCCUCCGUGCAGCAUACGCUGUACCUGAGCGAGAAGCAGGUGCUGGAUGUCAUACCGCAGGUGUCGGUCAUCUCCAUGACCAUGCCGAAUAAGCAUUACUUCAAUUUCGAUACAAAGCCCUUCCAGCAGAUUGUGCCCGGGGACAAUAAUGAGGUUUUCAUUCCGGUGGACAAGCCGCAUGGCACCAUCUAUGCCCAGCUGGCACGCAAGAAUCUCAGUCAUCUUUAGCAACGAUUUUCACUAUGAUUUAGCAUAAAUUUAGCAAAAAAUUAAAUAAAUACGCGAA